GAUCAAAUAGUACAUUUGUUAUUAGUAGAUUUUGGUCUUCUCUACUCGCCACUAAACCCCGCAAAAACCCCCCGCCCUUAGAAACGAUUUUCUUCGCACAACCAAAUCGAAAUCGCCGUCGCAAGAUGGCCUCUCGCUCCGUCCUCCUCCGACUGAGAUCGCAGCUCCUCCGCUCCACGAAAACUACCGCCGCUUCCGGAUCCUCUUCCUCUUCCUCCUGCACCAGCAUCUUCUUCUCCUCCACUCGCCAGAUCGCUUCCGCUGCCAGAUCGGAGCGGUUGAUUCUCUCCCCAAUUUCAGAUCUCCGCGCGGCGUACGGCUCGAUCUCAGGUCUACGGCUCUUCUCCACGGCGCGCCGUCACCCGGCGCGGCCGAAGACCGUGGACAUCGGAGCCCGAGCUCGCCAGAUGCAGACCAGGCGGCUGUGGACCUACGCGCUCGCGUUCAGCUUCGUGGCCGGGUUCAUCGUCAUCGUACUGAACAAUUUCCAGGACCAGAUGGUGUUCUACGUGACUCCCACCGACGCGAUGGAGCAGAACAAGGCGAAUCCGAAGAAGACCAAGUUCAGAUUGGGAGGAUUGGUACUGGAAGGCAGCGUGGUCCAGCCGGCGUCGUCGCCGGAGAUGGAGUUCGUGGUCACUGAUUUGAUUACGGAUAUUCUGGUGAGGUAUAAAGGGGCUUUGCCGGAUUUGUUCAGGGAAGGGCAUUCGGUGGUGGUGGAAGGAUUCGUGAGGCCGAUUACGGAGGAGUUGAAGAAGGAAACGGGAGGCAAGAGUGUUUCAGAGAAGGCCAGGGGUAUAGAUGUUUACUUCUCGGCGACGGAGGUUUUGGCCAAGCACGACGAGAAGUACAUGCCUGGGGAAGUUGCUGCUGCGAUUGAGAAGAACAAGAAGAAGCUGGAAGAAGACAAAGAAGAAGGAUCAUCAGCAGCAGCAGUAGCAGAUGAGAAGAAGUGACGAAUUAGGUUUGUCUUUCCACAUUCUGAUUCAUUGACUAAUGACUAUAGAUUGUCAUCAAUGGGAGAGUUCCAUUAUUCAAGCCACAUGAGUUGAAUUUUUGCUGGUGUAGCUUAUAUACUUGAACUAGGUGAUACUUAUUGAUUCUUAUGGAGCAGCUCCAUAUAGCCAUAGUUUACUUCAACUGCUGUAUUGUUACUCCAAGUUGAUUUGAGCAUUGAUACUUCAAUUUUGUGAGGAGAAAUUGAAUAAUUAUUUCAUUGGAAAACUGUUGUGAUUGAAUUUUGAUAAAUAGAAGGAAAGACAGUGAAUGGAUCACUUUGAAGUCAAUAAAAGUGCACUACUUUGCUCCGGGUGUAAAUCAAGUUUUCCCAUUUCUUUUCUUAUGUACUUUCAUGAGACUUUUUGUUAACCAAAUUGCUGUUUCUCUGGACGACACAGCUUCUUCGCCAAAGGGUUUCAGCACACCUUCUAGUUCCUCGAACCGUUCACGUCUGAGCAGGCUUGCACAGAUCUCUAACAAUGAUUCCAGUGCUUCGGCUCUUUGUGUGCUCUGAGCAUCAUCCCAUUCAAUCCUGAACUCUUCCCCAUGCACUAAGCUCGCCGAGCUGCUUUGUCGGGAUGGAGCAUCGCUGGAAUUGGUGUGUGAUUCUUGAGUACUCUCUUUUCUUGUUUGUGUUGCAGCUGCAGGAGAAGGUUUGUCUGUCAUCCUGUCAGUUGGAGGUGGUGUUAUAUUCUUAAUGCAGUCUUUUGGUUUGCUAUCUUUGAAUGUCGGCUUGUAGUUCUUCAUCAGAUCAGAGACCUUCUUGCAGACAUAUUCAAUGUGUUUCUGCUGGAAAGCUUGCUUGUUGUUAUUAUUACAUGAUGUCCAAGAUAUCGGAUGGAAGGAUUGGUUUGUCGGCGUGUGUGGUUUCAUUUCCCGAGUUUUCCUGGCGAUUUCAGAUGGCCGAAAGGAUAAACUGGUUUCUUCCCAUUUGCUUAAAGCAUUGGGCAUCAUUUUUGGUUUUGACGAGCUGCUUUACAUUCCUCGCAAAGGGAGGCUGCGAUGAGAUCUGAGCGUGAUAAGUUGGGUGGGUGCUUGGUGGGACUGGGAGCAUGCAUCGUUUGGAUGUUUCUGUGUGAGACUGCAAAACAGAGUACAGAUAAUUAGAUGUUAUCCGCACUUCGGAUGAAUUGGGUUAGCGUACUUAUGGUCUCAAAUGUCCUUGUAGGCUUGUACAAUGGAUUGUACAGUACUUGAUAUAUCGUUACUGCGUGUUAAUUUUGUGCAUAUUUGUUAAUAUGUAUUAUUUUGUGUAUUUAACAAUUGUGGAUUAUGCUUCCAUCACAUAGGUACAUUCUCAUAUAAAAAUAUUGACAGUGUUGAUAUUGAGUAGUCUCAAAAAAUAAUAAACCGAAUAUAUAUUAGAUUUUUAUUUACAAUAUCAAAAUCCAUUCUUUUCCUGGUGCAUAACAUGAGCAGAAUAUAUGUUCAUGUCAGAUAAUUAGAUGUUGUCGGUCUGUGAUAUCUGACAUGAUUUAGGAUUAAGUGGCUUGAGUGAGAAGUUGCUUAAACUCACAAGGCCCAACAGAUUGAGAAAUGAUGGCCAAAGUUUCAGACUUUGAUACUCCUAAAAAGAAAAGGAAACAAAAAGAGAAAGAGGUACAGAAACAUUCCUUGCUUGACAAAGCCAGAUGCUUUGUAUAAUCUAAUUGUGUUUUACUAGCAAAAAUUAUCAACAUUCUUAAAUUGGUUUGGCAGAAAUCACAAUUCAAUAAACUAUUUGUAAAUGGAAUAGAGAUGGUUUAAUCAAUAUUUAAACUUUUG